CUAUUAUUUUAGCAAGUUGAAUCUUUCUUCCAAGUUUCCGAAGUUAAUUUUCGAACGCCCUGUAUAAAGAAAAGAUAACAUUAAUUUAAUUCAAACACUAACCAAAGUUCGGGAAGGUGAUUAUUACGAUUAUUGAAUUUUCAUUAGAAAUUCGUCUCGUGGUCCGUAUUCUCCACAAAAAAUCAUACAAAUAUACACAUUGGGAGAAGGUGGAGGAAAAUUAAGGUUUUUCCUGAUAAAGUAAAAUUAUACUGAAAGAUGAAUUAAAUCCUACUCAAAAGUUAUAUAAAAACAGUUAUCCUUUCAUGCAUAAAUAGUUUUCCAGAAAAUAUCUCUUUUCUCAAACCAUGCAGUACACUGUAAUAGUGAAUCACGUCAUCGCGUCUAGACUGAGUGCAAGAUAUUGCGAUUUUCAAAUGGAUUUUUCCAAAUAUCUCGAGCAGCGUACGUGACAGACGAAAAUCGUAAAUACAAAAAUUGUAGCCCUUGAUACGGCCUAUAACAUUGAAUGAACGGAUUAGCUAUUCUUUUUACGAAUUUUGAUUUACUGUUAAUAAUUUACUCCCUACAAGAACAAUUUUCAGGGUCUAAAACUAAACUAAACUAAAACACCUUGUAUAUAAUCGAAAAAAUGCGUAAAACAAAAGCUAUAAUAGCGCCGGAUCUCCCACGUAUUACGGUUUUCAAAUUUCUCGGAUCGGAAGAAUGAUUUUGGAGGAAAGGAUGUUUUUCUGGAAGCCAAAAUAACCAAAAAAAAUUCAAAAAUAAAAAAAAAAAGUUGGUGUUAUUUUAUCGCUCCCAAUUUAAAGAGUCUAAAUGCUGAUCCGGACCUCUACUUCCCCCAAGUCUGAAGUCGGUAGCUGUAAAUUUGGUGCACAAAAGUUCUAGCUGUCUAUAUGGGCUAUAACGCCAUGUAAAAGAAACUGACAUCUAAACCACAGAUUUGAAAUUAUUGAUAAUUUUCAAUAAUAGGGUGACCCAUUUUUCAGUUUAUUCUUGAACAAUUGUCAAGAAUAAAAGUUAUGGAGCUGUAUCCGCUGCGUCUUCUGGCUCAAGAAUUUUUUUGGUCUUGUAAACAGUUUUUGAAAAACGGUCUUUUUUGUAGGCUCUUGCACACGCGAUUUUUAAUUUUUAAAAAAUACUUCCCCCACCUUCCCCUCCUUUUUAAAUAGGUUCCGUUCUCUGAAUAAAACUGCAUAUGUGUGACAAAUAUGAAGUCGAUUGCUUCAAAUUUCAGUGUUUCAGAGCAAUGUUCAAAAAAGUCGAAAAUCGCGAAAAAAAGAUGGAUGCCGAAGUCGGAUCGAGGCCAUUUCUUACAAACUUAUGUAUCUCUUAGAGGCUUAAAAAGGAGGAAAAUUGCAACUUUGUAGCUCCAACGGUUCGAAAGUUAUUCAGGAAAAACCAAAAGACGACAACGGAGAACGGACAGAUAAAAAAAAAAAUUUCCGACGCUGAUUAUUUCUGUACCAAUGGCGAUCCCAUAGGUCCUACUAUUACCGAGAUAUAAAUUUUUUAUACGAGCGUUGAUACAGAUAAGUAAAAAAAAAUUUUGGAAUUCCAAAUUUUUAUUUAUUUAUUUCUAAAAGAAAGGUUAGCAAUUGUAGAGCAACACGAAUUAAAACCAAUAAGAAAUAAUUUCAAAAUUCGGUAGAGGUGCCCAAAAAAAUCUCAGUAAAAUGUAAUAGAAAUUCUGUUCUUGAAGGAUCGUGAAUUAAUUACUAAAUAAGUGAAUACUACUAUCAACUUUGAAAAUAUUCUACUAUCUCAUGCAACGUGUAAGAGAGUUAGAAAAAUAAUUAUUUUUGAAAAAGGCUAUAGUUCACAGAAAAUUAUCAAAAAUAUAAAAUUCAAAUUCUCAUUAUAACUUCGUCUAUCGAAGCGAAAAUUAAGAGUGUUAAUGAAUUUUAUUUGGACAGGCUCGUAAUUAUGGUAUAUAGGACUCCAAACUGUUGACGAAUACUGCAGAACACUUCUUAUCAUACUGCAUUAUAAUGUAAUGGGUUCUUCACUGGGUCUCAGAAUAAAUCCAAAACUACGGAAUGUUUACCCAAUGAGAGUUGGGAUAUAUGGGACUCGUAAAUUUUAGAGUCCAGAAUGACCCCCAAAUCUUUAACACGUAUUAAUUGUAUAUUAUUUGAUUUUAGAUUCAUAUUUGGAUUUCUCGAGAGUUUCAGUUUAGAAAAGAUUAUGUAGUCACAUUCACCAACAUUUAAGUGGAGUGGAUUCAGAACCUAAUAUUCAGAAAAAUUUGGGUGUCCAGAAAACAAGUUCCUAGGUCAUAUACAAAUAAAAGAAAGAGCAGGAAACACAAGUGUAAACUCUGCUGAGCCCCAUAAGUCACAUCCAAGCAAGUCGAUUUUUUUCCAUUAACCCAUCUUGUCAAUAAUUUUUUAAAGGUCUACAAGACAUUUAAAAAAAUGGGUGAUGGACUUUGGAAAAGGCUUUGAAAAAGUCGGUAUAAGCAAGGCAGCUUUACUGGACGAAGGGGGCAAGUUUCGUCAGGAACUAUGGUGGUUGCACAUGGCGAAGGAAAAAUAAUAGCUCUAACAAAACAGACUCAAAAACUUUUCCGAAAUGACAUAUUAGAUAAAUUGGAAGGAAGGUUAAUCAAAAUAUUGCAAGUCAGUUAUUGCUAUGUGUCUGAAUUGUGACUUUUUUUUUUCGUGUAAUAUUAUAAUUAAUAUUAAUAUUAUAAUUAAAAAUCUGGGUCGUCAUUUUGUAUAGUUGGAAAAUUUAAGUAGUCAGUGAGAAGCGGAUUGAUAUCUUUUUUCAUAUGGUCCAUCGUCAGAUGUCAAAGGAACACACAUACACACGUUAAUCUAAGCACUCGUUUUUGUAAAUUGGCCGUAACUAAAAUUUUAUAAUGAAGCUCAUUACACUCAACAAUUUAACGAUUAUAAUAAUGACCGGUAGAGACUGCAAAGUAUAUAAGGGGAAUAUAUAUAGGAACGUCAUCCAAAGAUGAUUCUUUCGCCUUUUAUUGUUGGCUUGUCGGCGUUGGCCUUUAUCGCUGGAAAUGCAGGCGAAUCUGGUCCAUAUGUCCAUCUGCAACAUGCUCGAUCCAAGCUGUAUCUAUCAAAAGGUGCCACGAGAUUUGUCAAGUCUAAGGAUGAUGCCGGAACGUACGCUUAUACCAUGCAGUCUCUCUAUACCUUUGACGUUGGAAAGUGGGUAGAUAUAAAAGGAGGAUGCAGAGGAAAUAUUGCGAGACUCACACUGUUACCAAAAGGCAUUGAUUCUGAAAAAGUAUUCCAAUAUAAAGAUGACAUAUUUCUCGAAAUCAAAUGCACAUCAGGAAAGAAGGUGCUUGCUCCGGAUCCCAAAACAAAAGAAGCCGUUCUAGUAGUCAAGGAUCCUAAGAACCUAGACUAUUACAAAAUAAAUUUAGUUCCAAUUUAAACUUGGCAUGAAAUAUAUAUUACAAUUUCUG